GCGAAUCCGUCCGAAUCCGUCCGAAACCUCCCGCCGCAUCCAUGGCACUGGCCGGCCUGGGCCGCGCCGCCCGCGCCCACGCGGUGGCCUUCUUCGGCAACGACCUGCAGGCCUGCAAGGAGCUCUUCCGGCUUCUGGACGCGGGGGCCGCCUCGGACUGGCGCCAUGCCAAGGCGCUGCUGGCUGGGCGCAAGGGUCUGCCGUGGCAGCGCGUGUGGCGGGAGACCUUGGAGGAUCCACAGCUCUUCUGGGCCAGCGACAGGAGCCAUGCGCUGGGAGCGCCGGACCUGCAUACUCCGCUCUCCUGCGUGUUGCUUGCUUCGCCCCGGCACCGCUUGGCCGCAAUGCUGCAGAAGUGGGAGACGGGCAGCGGAACUCUGCGCAAGGCGCAGCAGCAGUUCCUGCGGCUGCCCGCCUCAUCACUGGGCGGGCUGACGGCCCGCAAAAUGCAGGAGGCGGGGCCCGCCGCCGACCCCGGCGCCGCGGCGCGCGCCGCGGUGGCCGAGUGGCGCCGCGCCGCGUGCGCUCUGCUGCUCGACUCCGCUUCUGCUGGCCUGGUGUCGCUGGCUGACGCGCAAGGGCGCACGGCGCUGCAUCUUGCGGCGGCGGCAGGGGACGUGGAGGUGGUGGAGAUGUUGUUGGAGCACGGGGCGCAGAAAAACGCCCAGGACGUGCAUGGGCGCAGUCCCGCGCACAUCGCGGCCGCGCGACGCCACAGAGAUGUGGCCGCCAAGUUGAUGGAAGGCGACGCCUGUGACGCCUUCGGCCACACCGUGAGAAGUCUCCUGGACACGCUGGACGCGGAAUCGCUUGGACCGAGGCCAAAGAUGGCGGAGGUGCAGGCGGAGGACGUCCCGCCCGAGCGGUUCCUGCGCGACUUCGUGGCCGCCAACCGCCCGGUGCUUCUGCGGAACGGGGCGGCCCAUCUGGAGGCGAUGAGGUGGUCGGACUACCGACAGCUACAGCAGGACCUCGGCAGCGAGCAGGUGCACGCGGCCCCGGUGCCCUACGCCAAGAACUUGGGCCUUCCCGGAGCCAUAGAGGCGCCCCUGUCGCAGCUGCUGUCCUCCCCCAAGCUCUGGCGCUCCGAGAGCGCUGCGAGCGGAGCUGCGAGCGGCGCGGAAGGCGAGGCGCCGUGCUACGUCUUCGAUGCGGCGGUGCUGCGGCGCAGGAGCGAGCUGGCGGAAAAGGCCUUGCCACUCACAAGGGCCUUCAUGAAAGAGCACUGCUCCCACGUGAGACAGCCUCAGUUUGGCGUCGGCUUUCGCGGAGCAGGGGCGCCGAUGCACACGCACCACGCCGCGCUGAACGCCUCACUGGCCGGGAGGAAGCGGUGGUUUCUGAUGCCCCCAGAGGUGGCCGGCUGGACCUUGGACCCCGUGGCGGGCUGGGAAGGCAGCGAGGACUUUGAGCGGAAGCGGAAGGCUGGGCUCUGGGAAGUGACGCAGGAGGCUGGGGAUCUCCUCUUUGUCCCCGAAGGCUGGGGCCAUGCGACCAUCUUGGACAGCUACGCCGUGGGUGUGGCGCAAGAGUUUGUUCCCUGGAGCAGUGUCAACGGCUAAAUGCAUCGAAGGAGCCCUUCCGGCCAUGAAAGCCGAAAGGCGCCCCGGCCGACCGGCCAUGAAAGCCGACCCAACCCAGCCCCACUUCCCCCCUCGGCGGCCAAACCCUGCCAAAGCCUGCGGACCGCCGCUCAGCUGCGCGCGAUGAUGGAAAGAAGUGUGGCAAAACGGCUCUGCCACGCGUGUCAUGGAUGGACUUGCGCC